AUGGCGCCGAUCUCAGGCCCCAUCACCGGCCUUUUGAGCCUUCUGCUCCUCUGUCCCGGAGCACUCGCACAACACAACCAUGUCGCGCGGCAAGACGCCGCAACGACCACCACUAGCGCCGCCAUUACCGCCGUCACCGGCUGCCAUCUUCAUGACACCACAGUAUAUUGUAUGGUCGGAUCGGAAGAGUACGUUGUCGACACCACAGUCACGGCCACGGAAGAGCUGCCAGCUAGUUACACCGGCUGCCACACGCACGGCAGCGACUUGUACUGUCUUUCUCCCGAUGGCGACGACGUCGCUGUUUCUCUGCCCGCCGAAGAAGGCGAGGCUGGCCAUGACGAGCACGACGAUCACGACGGCGAGGAAUCUGGCGAGAGCGAAGAACCCGCCGGAGAAAACUGCCACUUCCACGCUGGCGUAGAACACUGUGUCAGUUCGGGAGAAUCCGAAUCUGCAUCUUCGGAUGGUUCAUCCACCGGCUCAUCAGCAUCGAGAUGUAACAAGGUGGACCGAGACUACAAUGUGCCCCUACGAAUCGGACUCAUCUUUGCCAUCCUCGCGACUAGCUCUCUUGGUGUCUUUGCCCCCAUCUUCCUUGUCAAGUAUCUCCCCGCGAAACUCAACGUUGUCUUGAUCACGAUGAAGCAAUUCGGCACGGGAAUCAUCAUCUCUACGGCGUUUGUUCAUCUAUUUGUACAUGCUACGUUGAUGUUCGAGAACCAAUGCCUGGGCGAGCUCAAAUACGAGGGAACGGCGGCGGCCAUCCUCAUGGCGGGUCUCUUCAUCUCAUUCCUCGUCGAGUACUUUGGCGAGCGAUUCAUGCGAUCUCGUCUCAACAAGAAGAUGAUUAACGGCAGCCCCGAAGGAUACUCGAUCGAGAAGCACAAUGCCUCGCUUGAAUUGGUCAACAUCACUGUGAUGGAGGCGGGCAUCAUCUUCCAUUCCCUGAUCAUUGGUGUCACCCUCGUUGUCUCUGGCGACUCCUUCUUCCUCACCCUUUUCAUCGUCAUCGUCUUCCACCAAUUCUUCGAGGGCCUCGCGCUCGGUUCCCGAAUUGCCGCCCUCGGCACCAACAAGCACUACGCCCUCGCCGGGCUCGGACAUCACUCGGAGCACCAGCACGGUCCGGGUCAUCACCAUCACCACUCGCACAACCCCGAGCAGACAAGCGACUCCCUCUCCAAGGCGGCAGGAGGAGAGGCUACGCCAUCGCUGAACGGUUCUGCCGUUAACCGCGAGGAGCCUGAGGCGGCAGCUGGAAAGUCAAACUUCCCCAUGUCGCAAAAGAUGAUUCUGGCGACCUGCUUCGCCCUGGUCACUCCCAUCGGCAUGGCCAUUGGUACCGGUGCGCUGUCGGUAUUUAACGGAAACGAUCCGGCGACGGUAAUUGCUAUUGGCACGCUGGAUGCCUUUUCGGCCGGUAUCCUCGUCUGGGUUGGUGUUGUGGAAAUGUGGGCCGCGGAUUGGAUGGGCGGCGAGAUGGCGGAGGCGUCGGCUUUUACGACAACCAUGGGCCUGUUUGGCUUGAUUGCCGGCAUGGCGCUCAUGAGCUUGCUCGGAAAGUGGGCGUAA